AUGUUCCAGUUGAUCCAAUCCUUCCAUCACCUGAGACAAUCACUGGAGGCUACUUAUGUGCAUCCUGCUGAUGAGGGUUACAUCGGAGCAGAGGAGAAUUGGGAGUAUGUGAACAAGUACGUUCAACCUUGCUAUGCUCCCACCUGGUCGGAGGCUACCACUGAACCGUGCUCUUGGACGCCGGUCAUCCCUACAAGUGCAUCUGACUUCCACUGGGCUGGCUACAGGUCCAGCACUCAGACUGGGCCGAUGAUGAACUGA